AUGGAUGUAUUGAAAAUUUCUGCUAAUGGUAAGGUUCGAAAAUACGUAGCCUUUGCUAUUGAUUUCUUCAAAUGCAAUUGUUCUCUGCGCAUUCAAGCCAUGGGUAUUGUCAUUCCGAAAACUGUAGUAAUUGGGGAGCUACUGAAAUGUCAAUUGAAGGGUCUCCAACAAACUGUAAGCACAGCCUUGACAAGUGGAGUGUCCACAAUCAUCAUAAAUUUGAGCCUAGUUCCCCCUCAAGAUACUGAAAAUCAACACAGAGGAUGUAGGAAGAAACAUAACCGGAGAAAGAAGCGCCAUGGUCAAUCGUUUUCACAUAAUGAGGUAGAUAUUGCACCAAGAGAGCGAAUGGAAUGGCGACAAAUACCCUCUCCUAUGUCAUCCAGGGAUCCUAUUGGUACUGCUAUUUCUGGGUUGGUCCCAAAACCAUUGGCAACAACUCCUAUAGCACAUUCACAUUCAGAGCCGGUGUGUCUAAUGGAAUACACCGUUGUGAUUACCACUCUCACCCUAGAGGAUAAAUCUAGUAUUAAAGAGGAAGAAGGUCAGUCCAUUAAUACGGCUGGUGUUGGGCAGAAUGUUCUUUUGAAGGGGAACUCUACAUCCAUAAUCUAUGAGGCUGAUGCACAUAAUUGGUGGCAAGAAAAGAGGAAAGCAGAGGCAGAUGUAGUGGAGGAAAUCCGACUUGGUAAGAAGAGAAUGUUGAAACAUAUAUGGAUGCCAGGACGUGUGUACACUGAUGCCUUCGCCUGGGCAGGACGUGGGAAUACAGGGGACUCUAAGGUGGCCUUUUCAGCAGCAGCUUUUAGCAGCUCAUAUAUUACUCCGGAGAAAGGAGGUGUGACCACAGGGGACUCCAAGGGGGCUAAUUCAGCAGCAACGUUUAGCAGCCCCAUUGAUUACUCUGGAAACAGGUAA